UGAUGCAGAUUGAGCCAUUUUAUUGUUUAAUUGCAACAUUUGCAAAAAAGAAUUCAUUUUCAUGUGUGUUCUUGAAUGCAUUUUUAAAAUUUUUUUUUGACCUGAAAAAUCUGGCUGAAAAAUAAAUAUUGACUCAGUCUGUAUUUUACAAAGGUAUAUUCUUGAUUGUAUAUAACCUAAAUCCAACUUAGUGCGCGAAUUUGGUUCCAAGAUUAUUGAAUUUCUGGGAAAUGAGUGUAAAUCAAAAUAAACACAUUCAAAAAAUAUUAUAAUUUUAUAAGUGAUUGUGUAAAAAAUUAAGUGUUACCAAUUUAUUGAAAAGUGUUUAUUCAAAAAGUAGUUAACACAAUAUUUAAAAAAAUGUUAAAUAAUGUAUUUAAUAUAAUAAUCAUGUAAAAAUGAUUUGUCAGUGUCAACUAGUUAGCUAAUUGUACUAAAAGUGUAAAUUAUUUUAUAUAAAAAUAUUUUUUUGUAUAUGUUUGUGUAAAUUCCAAUUUAAUUAAAAAUAUAAAAAUAUGGCGACAUUAAAUAAUGUUAUAAAAGCUAUUGAAAACUUGAAUAUCUUGUGUCAACCUAAUAAUACUCUUGAUCAAGCAUCAAGGAAAAUAGAAAAAACAAACAAUUGUUUAGCAGUAGCUAGUGGAAUUAGCUGUUCAACUGUAAAAAACACUCGACAAUUUUCCCAAAUUCUUGGAUUGUCAGUAAAAGUAUUAUUAAGUCUUUGCGAUGAUGAGGAACCAGAUAUUAGAACACUGGCUGAUGAAAGUCUCAAUAGAAUAAUGAGGUCAAUGUCAGAUGGAAAUAUCUUGAAAAUCCAAUUUGAAUUAUACAACGAAAUUCAGAGAAAUGGCAAUGCAAGAUCACUAAGAGCUGCUUUAUACCGUUUUGGCCUUCUUAGUCACAUGAUAAAACCUGUAAAAGGCAAACCUUAUAUAUCAAAUUUAAUUCCAUGUAUUGUAGCCAUAUCAAAAAGAUCUGAAGAAGCUGUGAUAGAUACACUUUCCUCUUCAUUAACGUUGAUUCUUAAAAGUUUAGGGUCUUUUAUGACGGAUAAAAAUGUAAAGACCUUGUUAAAAUCCUUUUAUCCAAAUUUGUCAUCAUCGCAAAGUGUAUUUCGACGAAAUGCAGCUAACAUGAUUUUAGCAACAUGUCUUUACUGCAGAAAACCAAGAGUAUUUUUAUUUUAUGUGCUGCGAUAUCUUAUUGAUACAAUGAUACCGGUAUCGCAACAAGAAGAAGAAGACUCUCAUAGAAUAGUUGGAAUAUUUGGAUGUUUCAAAAUAAUGCUGCCUCAUAUAGAUAAACCAAUUGAAAAUGAUCCAGAAACUGAUGGCUACACGUUUGAUUGUCUUAUUCAAAUUUAUAAAUUAUGUUUACGUUAUAUUCAACGACAUUCAGACCACAAUAUUGUAAAUGCUACUUUGGAAACUUUAGCACAGUUAUUACGUAGUAAUAAUGAAAAGUUUAUUGGAGUACUCACAGGAAAUAAUGGAAUUUCUGAUAGCAGUAUGAUUAAUUCAUUUCAAGCAACUUUGUGUUUAUCCUCAAGCAAUUCUGCUAUUAAUGAUGAUCAAAUAUCUGAAGAUAAUAAUGAAAGUGAUUGUAAUUCAGCUAAAGAGGAAAAAAUAAUGAAAGAUACGGACAAUUCAGUUGAAAGAGAUUUAAAUAUUAAGUAUAACACAACCAGUGAUAGUGAGUCGGAAAAUAAAAAUGAUAAAAUGGAUACAACAGAUGAUAAAUUAAAGAAGCAAUUGAACAUAGGAUCUUUUACAGAUCAAGAUGUGCCUUUGAAGUAUUUAUGUCGUUAUUUAGCUUCAUCUUUCUUAUUAGCAGGAUCACCUGGACAAUUAAUUUCUGAUGAAUUAUUUCGUGUUAGUGUCAAAUCACUAACUUUGACGUGCAUCGGUACAAUUGUCAGAUUAUAUCCUGAGAUAUUUUUGAAUACACUGGAAAAGGAGCCUAAGUGUCGAUCAGAAAACAAUUAUUAUCAGAUGAUUUCAGAUGUUUUGUUAUUUGCUGAACAUUCUGAUCCCCAAUUGCGGGGGAAUGUUUCGAUAAUUAUAGGUUAUUAUUUAAAUACUAUUUAUGCAAAAUACCGAGUUUCAUAUCAUACUUUUGAACUGCAAAUUGGGGACCAAAAAAGGCAUUACGAUACUAUAAAUUUAGAUAGUUUGAUCGAAAUAAUGAUGAAGGCAAUCAAUGAUGAAUCUGCCACUACGUGUCGUCAAGCUCUUGUUGCUCUCAACAUUUGCAUUUCUUCUAUUCUUGAAUCAGAAGAUAGUUUACAAGGAAUCAAAUUAAUUUAUCAACUACUUCCACUUUCAAGCAACAUUUAUUUCCUCGUGAAAUCUGAUUUAGUUCAAGUUCUGAGUGAGUUACCGUAUAUAACGAUAAAAUAUUUGACGGGGAAUUCUAAAUUGCAAGAUGAUGUUAUGUGGGUGUUCGUAAAACUGUUAAAUGAUCGAGAUCCUCGUGUACGCAAUGCCACAUCGGAAGCGAUAAUUAAAUUUGUGGAGACGGCUUACUUUGAAAAACCUCAUGAAGAUGAAGUAAUUCGUCGAGCAACAUAUUAUACAGAGCGAUAUUUAACACAAAUAAUUCCUAUCAAUUCGAUAGAUAUUCGAUCGUAUGACGUCGAGCACAAAUCAUUUGUAAAUGGUUUGGCUGAGCCAUUUCUCUCAUUUUAUACUGACGAUCAGAAAAAUUUAUAUCAUCGAGAAAUUAUUGAAGAUGCUCUUUCUAUCAUUAUUGGCUUACUUGUCGAUAAAAUAUUCGCAAAUGCAUCUAAAUAUUUAUUAUCUGGUUGUUUUCAAACUUUAAGUCAAUUAAGCCAAGUGUAUCCAACAACUUUAUAUCCAGAUGCAUGGAAUUGUAGUCUUACUAAAGUUUUAAUUAAAAGAACAAACACAAAAAUAAAUUCCAGUAACCGAAGUAUUAAUAGUGAAAAUAAUAUUGAAAUGCCAUCAAUAUGUGAUCAUCUUUCUUCAGUAGCUGUAGAACUUUUAUCGUUAAUUAUAUCACUCAUUACAUCGGACACAUUAAGUUUAGAUCUUGCUACUCAUAGGCAUUUGAUAAUAUUAGGUGGAAAUUUACUAUCCGGGAUAGCACUGAAGAAUUUAAAAAAUAUAGAUGUGAGUGAAAAAAAUGAUCUGAAAGAGAAUUCGAUAAAAAUGUGGAAUUUAUUUGAUAGUAUGGAAAUUAACAAUUAUUUAGAACUUAUGUUCAAACAUAUAAUGAGACUUUUAAAUAUUUAUGUUCAUGUUAUUAAUGAUAUUCAAGUCCCUGUUUAUGGGAAGUCAUCUUUACCGUCAUUUCCAGUUACACCAUCGUUAUCGCCGAGAAAAAAAUUAAUUCAACUGGAACAAAAACCUAAAGAACGUAAUGAAAAAGGCGCAAGUAAUUUAUUAAAAAUUGGAAAAGAUCCUUUAGGUGCUAUAUAUAAUUUACCACACUAUAUGAAAUUACAUGAUAUUUUGAAAGCUGCUCAUACUAAUUAUAAUUCCACUAUUGAUGUUAAUGCUAGUCAAAUGUAUUUAGGCUUAUUGAAUGCUACUUUAGAAGUAUUAUCGCAAAUAUUAGAAAUUGCAAGUACAUAUGAAGCACGUAAAAUUGCUGAAGAGAUUCUUAAUUAUCUUGAAAGUACUUUGACAUUGUCAAUUGCAAUGUCAAUCAAAUGCGUUCAACAACUACUCAAAAGUCUCUUCGGUAUGAAUCUCAGUGCAAGAUGGGAUGAGCUAGAAAAUGUUAAAAGUCUUGAUGAAAGACUAAAAAAGAAUUCGGAUGAUAUUAAAAGAGGAUUGUAUGAUCGUUGUUUACAGAAACCACUUCGACAAAUGACUGAUUUAAUUAAAACUAUGGGAAAUAAUUGCAAAGACAAUGAAUGUAAUACAGGACGAUCAGGUGGUCUAAUGCUCAUAAGACCUCAAGAUUCAGAUCAUAAAUUAGCAAUGGUCUUUAAAUCAUUUUCACGCUCUAAUCAAAAAGCGUUUUUUGCAUCAUUUAUUCGUAUUUUUGAACCAAUGGUAAUUAAAUCUCUUAAUUUAUAUUCAACUACCAACUCAAUAGCUUGUCAGUGUCAAGUUUUGAGCUUAUUAAGUCAAUUGGUCCAAUUCCAUGUUAAUUAUUGUCUUUUAGAUACAGACAAAACUUUUAUAAAUUUUGUUUUAAAUCAAUUUCCAUUUAUUGAAGAAUUUCAAAUUCCAUCUAUCGAAAUUCUUCUUCCUAAAAUCUUCAAGUUUUUGGUGCAGUUAUCUUACGAAAAAUUUCAUUCAAAAAUUAUCAUUGAAAUAGGAGAGAUAAUAAAGCUCUGUGAUGGUUUAAUGGCAAGUGAACAAUCUCACUCAACCCACUCUAUUCCAGCGAUUAUACCUGUUGCUGAGGAUAUUUUUUUAGCACGUUCAGCAACAUUAAAAAAUACUUUUGAACGAUCUGAGUUGGAAACAACACGAGAAUAUUUAAUGUCAAUGCUUCUAAGACUUAUAGAGUAUCAUGAAAUAAUUCUAUUGCUAUCUAACUGUUUGAAAGAAUGUAGAAAUGAUGAAGAUGGAGAAGAGAAAUGGAGAAAAUGGUCCAGAAUGAUUAUUGAUGCUCUGCUCAGUGCUUUAUCAUCAGGAAAAAUAGAAAUUGAGAAUGAAAAGACUGCAGUUGCAUUAAUUAAAUUAUUUUCAGCAAUUUCUCCAGUAGUUUUAAGACCUGUUGAUCCAUUUCUUAAGCUUCUCUUUACAUUCCCACCAUUACCGGAAGAUUCAACCACUAAAUUUCAACGCUGGCUGGGAAUGAUAAAUAUCAUCUUCUUAGUUCUUAUCACUUACACAAAAGAAGAAAAUAUGCUGGCUAGAUUAUCUGAAUUACGGAUCUAUAUGACUGAUUUAAUGCACGUUCUAGAUCCACCAGAUACUCUUUCAAUUAUUGCUGACACAGCUGAUCCACUAAAUGCGACCAAUAUCGAAAGCUCUUUAUUUUCACCUGAGCAGAUUUUUGCUAUUUUUAUUUUCAGAGUGAUCUCUCUUUCUUCAGAAAAAAUUUGUAGUUUUUUAAAGUCAGUGGAUUACUGUGAUAACCUCAUUAAAUCACAGAAAGAUAGAUAUGUUCUCCAGGAAUUAUCUUUCUUUUUACAACUAUGCAUUCAAAUUUUUGAAUCACGAACCCAUCCUAAAAUUACAACUACUGUGGUGAAUUUUCUAAAAAAAGAAACGAUCAUUUCUAUUGAAAAUUUAAAUCAAUCUAUGGUAAACAUUGCAAACAGAAAUUUUCCAAUGUUAACCGUUCAAUGGGUUCAUUUAAUGACUCUAUUGACGACUAAUGAUCAAAUAUUUUGGUCUCAUUUUAUAGGAGAAAAAAAUCUUCAAAAAAGUAAAUUAAAUGAUGAUAAUAAUUGUUUAAAUAGAAAACAAAAAAUAAAUAUUGAUUCUAAAAUAGUAUCUCAAUGUGCUAAAAUUCUAUUCUGUGAUCAUAUUUGUGAUAAUUUAAAUGAUGUGGAAUCUUUAUCAUGGUUAAUAAUGAAUUAUCUUGAAGAAACAAUGAAUCUUGAGAAUGAAUUACCAGUACGAGAUUUUAUAACAGCAGUUCAUAAAAAUUCUGCAGCAUCUGGAUUAUUUAUUCAAGGAAUUGCUGCUAAAUGUCAAGAUCUGUCACAACCAGCUUACGUUAAAAAGCUUCUAAAAUCUCUGGAAUGUGCACAUGAAAGUCAGAGUGGAGCUUUGAUACUUAUUUUAAUUCCUCGAUUUAUUUCAUCUUCUCAUGCCAUUUUAACGGAAAUUGCUAACCAGAUUAUUAAAAGAAGAAUAGAAAUAUUAUUAACUAUGAAUGCUGAACAGUUUUCUCAGCAAAUAUCGAAGGAAAAUCUCUCCAUGUUGAUGGAAACACUUCAAUCAAUAAAAUUUAUUAGAAAACAUGGAAACUUGGUUGAUUUAAUAAAUAAAGUUGCGGUUAAAUUUUAUGAUAUGUCACCUUUAGAACUAGACUAUUGUCGUCCUUUCAAUCCUCAAACUGUUAAAAACGUACUAUUAAAUAAACAAUGGUUUAUUUCUCAAAUAAAAUUAAGAUGUAACAUUCAAACUUCAUCCUCAGAAUUAUCAGAAUUCACGAAAUUAUUAAGUAGAUUGGAUUUUCAAGAUUGUUAUGAUCUGUUAAUGUCUAAAGACUUCAACGUUCAUAUUCUAGAAGAAUGUAUAAAACUCAGUACACAAAUUACAGUAGAAGAACACAUGAAUAAAAUUAUUUUCAAAGCCAAAGAUUUUUCUCAUCAAAGUGAUUCUGAAGAUUCGUUGCCUUAUGAUUGUUUAUCUCCACUUUAUCGAUCUGCUACAAUUUGUUUAUCUAGUCAUAUUCAAAAUAUUAAUGAACUGGUGCCAAAACCUCACUAUGUUUAUGAUCCUAUGUUGAAUGAAGAAGAAAAAAAUAGUAAAGAUGUAAAAAAUUCCAAAAUAAUCAAGUAUACUGUUAAAUUUAGAGCUUUAAUGGAAGAUACAAUCUAUUGGGAUAGACUAUUUGCGCUUAUACCAGCAGUAACUGCUUAUAUGAAAUCAAUACGUGAAUUUGAUGACAAAGAAAUCAUUUAUGACUCAAGAAUUAAUUAUGAAGAUCUAGCAAAAUUUUCUAUUUUAUGUCUAGAAACAGCUCAUUGGAUACUUUAUGCUGAUGAGUUAUCAAUAAAAAGUCUAAUACCUCACAAUUUAGACCUCUGUUUAACUUGUGUUGCUGAAUUACUGAAGAAUGAAGAAGUUUCGAAAGUGUUUGGUAGUGAAAAUCAUUAUUCUUGGAUUUGUUCAGCAUCAAAUACAUUGAUUAAAUUGGUGGAAUAUUGGAUAUUACCACGGAAAAUUUUUAACUCGAGUACAGAUCACUGGAAUCGGUUGGAAAAUCAACUGAAAGUUGAAGAUCGCGGGUUGAAAAAAGCUUUAGAGAAUGAUUCUACUAGAAUAUAUGGUCGAGCAUGUCUUCAAAUGGCUUCUCUAAUAGCAUGGAUGGAAAGAGCAAAAAAAAAUGAUAUGAAGAAGAUUCCAAUUUUUAUUCAAGAAUCCAUGAAUACUCUAAUUAUUAUUGUGAGUCGCCAGGAACUAGUAAAUUCGUUUGUUUUAACACCUCCACUAGUUUGGAAACAUGGAUGGGUAGCUGAAGGAUCAGGUAGCACACUAUGCCAUUUUCCUUUACUAUUGACAGCAAAUGAUUCCAAUUUUCUUCAAGAGCUAGAUGUACUUCAUCAAUUUGUCUAUAGAGUAACUCUCCUCGGCUGGACAUCUCGGCUUCAAUUUGAAGAAAUUUGGAUGGUAUUUCUCAGUGUUUUAAGUGCAUCUUCUAGUGAAAACAAGUCAUCAGAGCCUGAAGAUUUAGGCAGUUGUGAAGCGACCAUUUUAGCAGUUCAAGGAAUUACAAGAUUAUUAAUGCAAACAUUUUUAUUGCCUUAUCCAGGAAGUCCAAUCAAUAGUUGUAUUAUUCAUCAUUCUCGGGAUCCACCUCUCGCUUUAAAAAAACCAGCUUCAAAAAGACUAUAUGCCGUUCAAGAUCUUUUAUCCUGGAAAUACGCUACUGUUAGAAAAAUAAAUACUUCCAGUAGUUCACGUGAAAAGUUUGGUUUCAAUUCUCUAGAUCUUGAGCAACUUUUCACUCGAGGAAAUAUCGAAAGAGAUCAUAUAACUCAUGGUUAUGAUAGCUGUGCUUACAGUCAACUUUCAGUUCAAUAUCUAUGGUCUUCAUGUUCUCUUCAUGAAGAUAAAUUAUCUACAUCUGUUAUAUCAUUAAAGGAAAAAAGAAAUAAAGCUCUUUCUGAAGCUUCUCUUGAUUUAGACUCAUGUGUAAUAUUUUUAAUUGAAUUAUACAGCCGUUGGUUAUCAUCUUCUUCAACUACUUUCCCAAGAUUAUUAAACGAAGUAAUUAAAAGUAUUAUUUUCAUAUCAGAACUUUUUAGAGAACGAAACCAAUUUCAAUGGAUGUUUGAUACAUGUUGGGAAAUUGAAAGGUUCCAUCCAAUUGAUGAUGAAAUUCUUCAUCAUUCACUGAUUUUUGCUAUAUGCAAAUCUGCAGCUGUUUUGGCACCUCUAGAUAUUGAAAGCCUUGAAAAAGUUAAGCGAGUGAUUGAAACUGGAUUAAAAUUAAAUUAUUUUCCAUGUCAAAUAGCUACUCUCCAUGGUAUUUUAUAUCUUUUUCAAAGUGCUGUUCAAGCUAAUUGUGAAGAAACUAUGAAUGCUAUUCAACCGAUAGCUGUAAAAUAUAUUCAAUCACGUAUGGAUCUUUCUAUUGUCAACGAAAGCGAAGAUUAUCAAAGAAUUAUGUGGGCUUUAGUAUUCUUUCUUCUUGAACAUGCAGAAGAUACAGUAUUUGACAGUGAAGCUCCUGAUAUUUUAGAUUUGGCUUUGUCUUUAGCAGCAUUACCUAAUAUUUCUGUUGCUGUUCAUCGAACUCUUCUUCAAGGAUUUGAAAGACUUAUUGCUACAAGAAACGUUACUGGACGAGUAGCUGAUCAAUUAGUUAAAUUGUCUUUAGACAGAUUGAGGCAACCAAGUUUGUUAUUUGUUUUACCAGCUUUGAGAUUACUUUUAACAUGUAUGUACACAGAAUCGGCUGAUAGAUUUAAUCAAACCACUUCAUCUGACGAAACAUCAUUGCCUGAUGUUAAUCCUGAAGUCCUUAUGCGAACUAUUGAAAGAACAUCAACGAUAUUUGAUAGGAUCAAAAGAGGAUAUCCAAUGGAAGUUAAAAUUUUAUGUGCAGUGAUAUCAGAAAUUUUAGUAGAUUUUUUUCCACCUUUUGAAAUACUCACUAAAGUAAUUGGAGAAUUUUUAUUGCCACAGCAGCCUCAUCAGAAAUUGAUUGCAAGCAUAGUCUUUAAGGUUUGUGAACGAAUUACGGACAACCCGGAACAAUUAGCACUAUUACAAGAUUGGGUGAUAUUUAGUUUGCCAAAUUUUAUUGAAAGUUUACCUCUUGUCACAUCAACUUGGUGUUUAUCAUGUUUUUUUGUCAGUGCAUCAACAAAUCCAUGGCUAAGAGCCUUUUUUCCAUACGUACAAUCAAGAAUAGGAAAGUAUGAGUAUGAAGAUAAAAAAAUAUUGUCUAUUGCUGCUCUAGAUUUUUAUAGAAAGUUAUCUAGUGAAGCGCAAAGGCAAGCAUUUGUUGAAAGUUUUUCAUUAGCAGAAUCGAAGCCUAGCUCUCCAUUCAGUGAUAUAAUGAUGUCUUUGCAAGUAUAAUAGGUGUUAUCCAUUCCGAAUGUUUAAAAAUUGUGUAUAUAAUUGUAAAAAAUUCAAAUAUUCCCAGUGUUUAUAAUUGUUUA